UUUCUCGUAAAUGUUUAUAAGGGAUUUAAAUGUUUAAAAGGUGUUAUAAUUGAAAAUAAUUAUAUUUAUAAUUAAAUAGUCCUUCAUAUUUCUUGUGAUUUAAGUAACUGCACCCAUUAGCAAUCAUGAAUUCCAGUUGAAAAGAAGUGUUGAUAAAAACGCAAUAUGUGGUCGUUUUUCUCGCGAGAUCCUACAAAGGAUUUUCCUUAUGAAGUGGGUGAUCCGGUGCGCGGUUUAGAAGAUAAGACUGUAUGGUCUUUGCACAAGGGAAAGAAGAGGGGUACGCAAGAUGAAGUAUCGAUAUUCCUGUUCGACGUUCAAAAGAAUUCGGAAACGAUGUUCGACGUAGCAAAGGCCUCACUCAAGAAACUUAAGACUAUGAGACACCCUAGCCUUUUACAUUAUUUAGAUAGCUGUGAAACUGAGAAAUUUUUAUAUGUAGCUACAGAAUAUGUAGAGCCUUUAGCUACCCACAUAGAUGAUAUGAAACUUGAAGGCCAACAAAAAGACUUGUUCUUAGCUUGGGGAAUUUUCCAAAUUACUAGAGCACUAUCAUUUUUCAAUAAUGAUGGUAACCUGAGACACAACAAUGUGUGCUUAUAUUCUGUCUUCGUCACACAAGCCGGGGAAUGGAAGCUGGGAGGGUUUGAGUUCCUCACGUCACAUGGACAGGACACGUCAAACCCUAUUCCUAUUAAAAUUCUGCCAGCACUUGAAAUAUAUGAUCCUCCGGAGAAGAAGGAUCCAUCUAAACUGAAGGCAGUUACAAAAUGUUCGUCAGACAUGUGGGGCCUAGGCUGCCUCAUCUGGGAGGCCUUCAACGGCCCCCUCAAAAGUCAACCAGCCCUCAAGACACUGGACAGCAUUCCUAAGCAGCUCUGCACUCUGUAUUGUGAGCUGGUCAGUGCCAACCCUACUUCGAGGCCCAACCCUGCGGAUAUUAUUACAAGGUGUCGAAAAAUAGGUGGCUACUUCAAAAACGACCUUAUAGACACCAUGCUGUUUCUAGAAGAGAUCCAAAUCAAGGAUAAAAUCGAGAAGGGCCGGUUCUUCUCCACUUUGAGCUCAUACUUGGACAACUUUCCGGAGGCUGUGUGUGUUCAUAAAAUACUGCCCCAGUUGUUGACGGCGUUCCAUUAUGGGGACGCAGGGUCGGCGGUACUGACGCCUAUGUUCAAGCUAGGGAAACUGCUAGACGAGGAGUCAUACCAAAAGCAGAUUGUGCCAUGCGUAGUGAAACUGUUCGCGUCAAACGAUCGCACCACGCGGUCGCGACUGCUGCAGCAAUUAGACCAGUUCAUCAUGCAUUUGCAGAACUCUACUGUAAAUGACCAAAUAUUCCCACAAGUUGUACACGGUUUCUUAGACACAAACCCGGUGAUACGAGAACAGACUGUCAAGUCCAUAGUGCAUCUGGCGUCAAAGCUCAACUACAACAAUCUCAAUGUAGAGGUGCUCAGGCACUUUGCGAGACUGCAGUCUAAAGAUGACCAGGGCGGCAUAAGGACAAACACCACAGUGUGCCUAGGCAAGGUGGCAGCGCACUUGCACCCGCAGAUCCGACAGAAGGUCCUCGUCUCGGCGUUCGUGCGAGCCACCCGCGACGCCUUCCCGCCGGCGCGGCAAGCCGGAGUGCUGGCGCUGGCCGCUACGCAGCAGUACUUCUUGCUGGCUGAGGUGGCUAAUAGAGUGCUGCCGGCGCUGUGUCCUUUGACUAACGAUCCCGAGAAACAGGUUCGUGACGCGGCGUUCAGGACUAUCAAGGGCUUCCUCGGCAAGUUAGAGAAGGUUUCAGAAGAUCCAAGUCUCAAGGAAGGAAUGGAGGCGGACGUCCACACAGCGACGCCAUCGCUCAGCAACGCGGCAGCGACGUGGGCCGGCUGGGCGGUCACCGCCGUCACCGCUAAGUUCUACCGCUCGCACUCCGACACGGCGCGGGCGCAGCACCCCAAGUCUGUGCUGUCCAAACCAGGAUCGUUAGAGCAACCGUCAUCUUCGAGCAUGUCGACUACAACUUCGUCAGUAACAUCAAUGACGUCACUUGAGCACAGCGAAUCCGCGUCUGACUACGAUCCUGACCACUGGGAUAUGGCGGCGUGGGGCGAGAUAGACUCGAGCGCGGGCACGGGAGCGAGCGCCAACUCGCCGGCGAGUAGCGGCAGCGCGGCCGCCGCGGCGCCGCUCAACACGCUGUGCGAGGACGACUGGGACAACGAGGAGUGGGGCACGCUGCAGGAACAACCCUCUGCCGAAGCUGAACUGGUGAGUCCAUCAGAAACGUGGAACAACUCCGCUUGGACAGAGCCUCCGGUCAACAACGCUAAUGCUACAUACGUGCGCCCGGCACUUCAACACAAGGAGCAUCGGCUGGCGGCGCAGCAAAACAGUAACGACUCGCUCGGCGGCUGGGAGGACGGGGAAUUUGAACCUAUUGAGGAGAACGCUGAUGAAAACAACGCCUCUAAAAUGGACGAGAUCCGACGAAAGCGCGAAGAGCGCAAACUACAACGACAGAGAGAGAUGGAAGCGCGACGCAGCGCUAGAGGCCAAGGCCCUAUGAAACUUGCUACCAAGCUCACUGCGCCGCCACCGCCUUUCUAAUACUAAGGUAUUGGUAACCCUCUAUAGUGUGAAGAGUGCAAACUACAACGUCAGAGAGAGAUGAAAGCGCGAUGUCAAAAACUUGUGGAACUCGCUAGCUCGGGCCAGCGCUUUUCUAGGCAAUUUAAGGUAACAUUGAUAACCCUAUCAAAUUGUGGAGGCAGUAGUUUGCACUGCAGUGGUAAACCUGUCAAAAGUGUGGAGACGGGUUUGCACUGCUAAGAGACAUACGGAAGAGAGAAACUUCUAAGCUGAUAGCGCUUCAAUUGUCAUUUUAAACUCCAAAUAGAAUAUAAUGGUAACUCUAAGAAGGCUAGCUCAAAUGAAGCCUCGAAACUAAACUGUGUGGUGUCGUCAUAGACCAAUGUAAUUUCUAUAAAACUGAGAAAUGUCAUACAACAUGGUAAAUCUAGCACAUAACAUAAUCUUGUGCAUAUUUGGCCAUGUUGAGUGCUCAUAUGAAAGUUCUCUCAGAUGUUCAAACAACACUUUACAAAAUGUACGAAAUAUAUGACAAAUCUUUUGAUGGCCUUCUGUGAUAUGGCUUUGCAUGAAUGUGGCACUUUCGCCAAACAAAAAUGUGUUUUAUCUAAACGAGAUAAAAGUGAUUGUUGGUAAAGCAGAGCUUUUAUCCUACCCCUCUAGCACAACUUGCCUUGUCGCGCGCGAGUCCAUACUUGAAAUCGCGCUUGAAGUAAGCAAGUUGUGCUAAUAGGGUAUGAUCUUACCACACAUUCUAAAACAGGGGUUCUCAAACUUUCAAGUCUUUUUUAAUGUUCAUUUGUUGAUAAUUGAUGAAAAUAGAAUCUUCAUUGACUUUAAAUAGCUUGAAUGGUAAAAGGUUGCGAAACACUGUUUUAAAAUGCUACUAUUAUCAUUACUGUAGAUAAUAUUGUAUUAUUUAUUGUUAUUCAAAUUGAUAUUUUUAGUUAUCUCAAGUUUUAAUUAUUAUAUAAGUACUAAAUAUGUAUUUAUAACAAAAUCACUGCAGCAAAUGAAGCGAAAACGUCAAAAUGUUGAUUAGUAGCUCUGAAUGAAUGGGAACAAGUUAUAACUGAUGCACCAAUAGAUCGUUCCAGUGAGAUUAGAACCAAUAAGGCGUUUUAAUUUAAUAAAAACAGUUAUUCUAAAAAAAUAUUUCUACUUUAUAAUUUUCGCGACUAAAAAUGUAGGAAGAGUCGUCGUGGCAACUACACCGUAGACAUAUUCUCGUGAAAUGACCUAAAGUGUUCAUUUCAUUCGAAAAGGUACCACUCUGAGGGUCAAUAAGCGAUUUCUAUUUGCAUACAUAUAUACUUACAUACACUCAGGCAUGUUUCCCAGAGGGGUAGGCAAAUAAUGCCUUAGUGAUAUAAAGUGGUACU